CUUCAAAGAUGGCGACCACCAGAGAGUUUGGACAUGUUGUCUCUGUUUUGGCGUGCAUAUCCUUUGCUAUUUUGAGUAAUGGCUACACACCAAAACGACAGCUAAACACCUACCUAAACCCAGAUUGCAGUGAGGACUGUGGAGGCGGCCUUGCCUAUGUGAAGGCGAGGGGAGAUGCAGACACUCUUCACUUCGUGUUCACAACUGUAGGGACUCCCACUGCACUGGUGAUUCGCACCAACACCCUAACAGACAGAGAACAUGACAAAUUGAAGUUCAAUUGGGACAAACUGAGGUCAAACGACACUACAGGAGCAAUAUCUACCCCCAAUCCUCUAACGAAAGUGCUGUAUUCUUAUGGCAUCAUGUUCACAAGGUUAUUUCAGUACAAUGACACAUCCGAUGCUGCAGACCUUUCCCACUACACACAGCCAAGUUCUCAGCUGACAGUCUUUGAUUUCCUGUCUGAUGUUACAAUGUGGGAGAAUUUGCUGGACACCUCGUCAGAUGAACUUAUUGCAUUAAAGAUCCAACAAACAGAUUCCAACCUACCAACUGUCAUUGUAAAUGGUUCCCUUACAAUACAGUUUCACCUGUUUGACCAUGGUGACAGGGCAGAUUACCUACCUCACCUGGAAUACAAUGAGGACACAACACAUUUUGACUUCAUCCUCCAGGACAUUGACAAUGGAAAUAUGUCCAGUGCCCGCUAUGGAGUGGAGACUAUCUUCUUUAGUGAGGACUCGGACAAAGGAGAUAUGUCCAUAGAGCUUACAAAGUCCAUUGAUGAUGAAUACUCACCUGGUGUGUUUUCUAUAAACAAUUUAGUAAGUCGCCCUGCUGAAAAAGCAGAAGGUGGCUUCCUACAGUGGAAGCCAAUCUGUUAUAUGAAAGCCGCCAGGGCACGCUCAGUAGGCACUGCCGUGAAGAAGUACGGCCCACAAACUCUCACAGCAGUAGACAAAACUUCAAACGAUUUCGUCAAGAACAGUAUAGCUUACGCUUUCUAUGGAGCUGAUAAAACCGUUGAUGUUAAAAUGUCUUAUUCCAAUUUCUCAUUUGGGCUGUCUAAGGAUGGAUUUUUCACCAAGAACAAUUACACAGCAUGGUCAGGAUCUCUAGGCUAUGGACUUCCACCGGCUGACAAAGUAUCCUCCCUUGUGGUAGGGGUGAUAUCUGCAGGUCUUGGCCUGCCUGUCGUUCUCAUGGUCUUUGGUGGUGUAUAUGUGGUUGUGAAGAAAAAGCUGCGUAAAACUGCUUCUCCAAGCUUCUCUGAAAACCUUAUUAACUGAACAUCAAAUAAAGAAUGCUGACAGUAACAGGUGGACGUUACAACUGAUCAAGAUUUCAUCUUUAACAUGGUCAUAACAUGAAUCCAUCGUGUCUUGGUUUACAAGAAACCUUUUUUUUUUUACUUUUCACAAUUUCUGUGCAAAUUAAAAAACAAAAAUCAGAAUAUAUUGAAGAAUUGCUUAAAAAUAUAUGUUUUGUGGUUAAAAUGACUAUUGAUAUCAAAAAUUUGGUUAAAGCAGUAUCUAAUUUAUGGUUGCAACAACAUGCCUUUGCAGUAGACAAUACAUUUUUAAGCUCACCUGGCGCCACUAAAGGGCCAUGGGAGCUUAUGCUGUACAGCAGUGUCCGCCGUCCUCCGGAUCCUCUCGUCAACUUUUUCAUUUGAACGAUUUCUUCUGAAAAACUGGAGGACCUAGGGUCAUGAUAUUUGGCCAGAAGGUACC